GAUACGUAUGCGCCGAAAUCACCGCACCUGUUUCUGUCCAGGUCGGAGUGGAAAGACAUAAACAAUAUAUUCGCCAAUGCUAGGGUUCUUGCAAACAAUGCACUUGCCCAAACUGGUGAAUCAUCUGCGGAGCCGCAGCACCUACGUGAAAUUUCUUAUCCGACUGUAUACCGUGACAGUCGGCUGCGAAUAAGGCAGUGCGCUAUGUCAGCCUGAGGGCUCCCAGAGAGGAGCAAAUUGCAGUCGUAUCGAGCGAGUAAUUGUCAUUCGUUGAAAAAUCGGCGUGCAAGCAUACGGGGCCCUUGGUAUCGUCUAGUCAACACGGCCGGUUGUUAAUCUUCAUUUCUAACGGAGAAUUACAUAAUGUACGUUCAUGAGUCACAGAGUGUAUAGGGAGGACGUGGAAACGUCAAAAUUGUGCUGGUCCGAUUUUCUUGCGUUUUAGCUUGGAUUCACACAAGGGACUUUAGUAGGUCAUUUGCGAUGAGCAGGUAUUGCUCUGCUCAUUUACAGUGAACAGAGAAAAUACCACUGAGAAAUGGCAAUUUUUAGACUGAAAAUACUGAGGCACAAGUGCACGAUUUCAUAGCUGUGGAAAUAUCAUUACAUUAUAGCCUUGAAACAGGUACUUGUUAAUCAAACAAAUUAGUUGUUUGUAUCGCAUUUAUUUGCGAGAAAUGCCAGCACCACCUCCACCUAUCUCAAGUUUGCCAGAGGCACCUAUGUGUGAAAAAACAGAAGCGAGCGAUGCAGAUUCCCUGCCUCCAUGGGCCAAAAUUACCCUUACGUCCGCAGAGGCGGAAAUCGAGAAGCUGAUAUCUAGAAACGAGCUGAAGGAUGCAGAAGUAACAUAUUUUUGUCAAGUUGAACCAAUUUUGCAAGACGGACCACAAUGCGGUUUGGUAGCGCUUGCUAUGGCAUCACAGGAAUACACAAAACCAGUUUCUGUCAGUCAACUCCUAGCGGAAGCCCGUGUAAGAGGCUUCACGCAACAUGGAGAAGUAUACAGCGUCGACUUUAUGGGCACACUGGCAGCUGAAUAUUUACCCGACCAUAGACCUGAUAUUUUAGUAGAUUUGCAACAAUGCCCCGACACACUAACGCAUGCUUUAGCUCAUGGAGCAAUGGUACUAAUUCCAUAUGAUUCCGAUUUCAACCAUGCUCCUUGUUUAAAAAGAGGCCAUAAAGCUCAUUGGGCAUUACUUGUCGGUCUAAUUUCAUCGAGGCAAGGAUACCAUGUAUUAGCGCGUCAUGGAAAAUCGCGUCAUUUAGCUUGCUGGCCGUUACGCGAUUUGAUUGAAAGUAAUGGCAAUUUGGAAGAAGAAGGAACAGCUAGACACGCCGGAGGAUACGUCAUACCAAAGGGAGGAGUUGGAGGUCAGAGAGGUUUACGCGGUAGAGCAUUGGCAUUACAUCCAUACAUAUAAAAUCAUGUACAAGAGUUGUAGGUAAUUAAUAUCACAGUGAAAGACAGAAAUUCCUACUACGGUAUUACUAUAUCCACAUUAUGGUAUAUGGUAAAUAUUCAGGCGUAACAUUUGCCCAGCUGCUACAGAAUUUAAUGAUUUAUAAAAUGUGCUGCUUUGAGUACCAUCUGUUUGAACUCGCAAUACAAAUUUAGUCAAAAUCCAGGUGAGGAUCGUAAUUCUCCAAAAUUUAGUAUUAAACAAAGCAACAGGCGACAUUUAAUUCGUUACACUCCGAUACGCAUUGUAAAUAAUUAUUUCGUAUGUUUUACUUACAUGCGCGUAAACAAUUUGAAAAUCAUGUGUUCGUGUAUCGGAUAUUAAAACUUUUCAUGUGAUGCAACACAUAUUAAGCGUGCGCUUAAGUUAGUCCAAAAAAAAUGAACAUGCACACGUGCAUGAAGGGACUAAACGUGAAAAAAGUCUAUAAAUAUAUCUCCAUAAAUAAGUAUCUAAGUGUACUAGCUAGGAGUUAUCGAAAUCGUAAGUAGCCGGGAAAAAAAAGAUCUAAGUAUAUUUAUUUAGCGAAAAAACCGUACGUUUUCAAUAUCAAUCAAGGAUCUUGUUUUACGUUGGCACUAUGAAUAAAGACUAAAUCUUCUGCAAGAGUCUCGCGAUUACAUUUUGAGGCAAUGCAACUUAAUGUUGGUGUGCUGCAACAAAUUAAGCAUAUUGCUUUUAAGAUGCCUAGAGUAUUUGAUAGUUAUUAAAAUUAAAACGGUUACUUUAUACUAUCACGUGGUAGCUAUAUCAGUCUUUCUACCGAACAUUAUGUACAGGUAUGUAAAAGUAAAAAAUCAUAGUUGUUAUUGCAUCCUACCCUGAACAUUAUCGAUUUUCUUUUUCUAUGAUGGAUGUCAUUACAAUAUUUUGUUCAAUGUCUUGAAAGCAAUGUGCUCUGAAAAAAAAAAAUCUUACUGUGUAGAUUAUACGAUAUGCUUGUUUCACUAUUUACUUAUCGAUAUAUAAAGUAUUGAUGAAUAUAUAUAUAUUAAAGUACGAAACCUGGAGAUAUCUUAUGACUGGCUGGUUCCUUCAGUUAUGCGGUAUCUUAAGCGUUUUAUAUCGAAUUCGUCAGUAAGACGCGUAAGUCAGAUUCAAAAGAGACGCUAUAAAUUUGUAGACUCCUUAAAUGGUUUCGGAUGGAAUCGGAGAAACCUUUAAAAAUAAACUGUACCCAAGUGCCGCAAAGUAUGAAGUUCAUUUAUUAACGAAAAGUCUCAGAGGUAUUGUACGCUGUGCCUGUUUUUUACAAGCUUAUUUGAUUUAUUGUUCGCGCCAUAAUUAAACUACUUUGUAAGAAUAUUUAUUGGCGCACGUACGUUUUUCUUUCGAACUAUUUAUAAAGAUAAUCAAAAUAUGUAUUUUUAAUCGUUAAAUCUAAAGUCUUCUGUUACUUACCGCGAUACAGUCUUUCCAUAAAGUUGACGAACGAAAACAAACGAACGAACAAACAAAAAAAAAAAAAGGAACGCGCAUAGAACUCAAACAUUUAAGCUUUAUUUCACGUUCAUAUUUUAUUUACUACUUUAAUGGAAAAAGUUCAAAGGUUUGCCAGGAGUUUUAUUCUAUCCAUUACGUAUAACGACAUACAAUAAUUCUGUUGUACCAUCUGUGAUUCGAAGUGCAACAAUAGAUAACUGGUACGUGUACCGCGUUACGUUAUAAGAGAUUAAUAUGUGAUCGUUGUUAAUUCUUGUUUCUUUGUGUACGCGCAUUUUACUUAUUUGUUAUCGGUUUUUAGCUUUAAACGUGGCAAAUAUAAAGAAUGUUAUCAUUUAUACACAUGUUUGAUUAUGAUUAUUUUGUACAGCAUAUUGAACUUCUCGAUUACUAUUCUAGAUCAGGCAAUUAUUCUGUAUGAAUGGACUGUAUCGGGCGUGGUUGGUGCUACAUUCUGAACUAGUGAGAGAAUUGUGCCAAUUUUGCGUCGUGAAUUCUACGACGAAAAGUUCUACGAUGGUAUCUUCCCUACUGUGAAUUUAAAACGAGGAUGGAAAAGAAAAAGAAACAUGUUUUCUGGAAGAGCAUCGAUGCGGAUGCGCCGGGAUGCAAUAGAAUACUAAAAACUGCGUUACGUUUAUAUUUCAAGCUUACAAAUAUUAACAACCCAGGUUCGUUUUAUUUUCGAAUCGUAGCUUCUCCUUAUUGUUGCUUUCAUCUCUAAACAUACAGUUACCACAUUCUCACUAUUUUCUAAUUAUAUUAUAUCUACUUGUGUCCUGAGAUGAACCAAUGUCUUCGUAUUUGUAUUAGAACUCUCAACGUAUCCACGUAUAUGGUUAACCAAGUGCAUACCAUUUACAUAAAAUUACACAUUAUUUUCACUCGAUUACUAUAAACAUUGCGAUUAACUUGUAUUUGCCCUAUGCAAAAAUACAAAGAAUAUCGUUUCUAGUUUCCGUCUUAAAUAUGUAAAGUAAAACAUUUUACACCGAGCAAAUGGACGGUAAUCGUAAUGUUUAUAAUGAUCGAGUUAAAAUUAUAUAUAUUACAUAAAUUGCACAAAUUGGGAUAACCGUGUAACAGUAUUAUCUGGAUAUUUAAGAGCUCUAAUACGUAGAUACUUGUAAAUACAAAUUUCACAGAACAACGAUUCACGUCCCCUUGAACCCUAUUACACCGCGAAAGAACGUUCAAAUCAUUAUACUCGCGAGCUCUAUGCAUAUGUUUCUUUGAAACGAAACGACAAAUCCUUAUUUCGCCGUUUUACAUAUCGUAUUCUACACGAAGAUAAACACUGUACAACGAUAAACGCGUUAUAGUAUAAAACGACCAUGUACGCCCAGGACACAAGGCGUCUAUUCUAUAAAUUAACAACAAUGAUAUCCUGUAUCCGAAUAUUACGUUUAAUAAUAUGUAUCACAUAUAGGUAUUUCAUAUUUAUUAUAUCAACAAUAGGGGAGUUGAAUUAAAAAAGGCUAGCUAGUUCACUUGUUAGAAAUUUA